UCAGGCUUCUUCUGUUGACAGGUUUGUUUCUAGCAAGCGGCACGGUCUCCAACAGCUUUAAAGAAUGCAGUCAGUUCUUCUACAUGCAUACAGAACCCACAGGUAUCAGAGGGGGCAAUCUGAAGAGGAUUUGCCAACGCCACGGAGAUAAACUACGUUACGCCACUCUGUAUGACAGCAGUCAUCGUUUGGCACUUUAUUCGGCUUACACCUUCAAAAAGUCAGAUGGACAGAGGAGAAUGGACACACCCUGGAUGUAUGAACCACAGCUGGUUUCUGCUGAUGAAAGUGAAAACAUGAGAGAGUUGCCCUCUAGUGGUGACACCACCCAACUGCUUGAGGAGAGCCAGGCUGUGCUAGCAGACUAUGUUGAUGCAGUGGAGUUUGAGCGUAGCCCACUCAACCCUGACCAGCACCAGGCAGACAACCAAGACAAAGCAGCUACCUAUACCCUCACAAAUGUGGUGCCUCAGAUCACAGACUUCUUAGAGGGUCCUUGGACCACAUAUAUUGAUACAGUACGUCGCCGCCUGAAUAACUUUUGCCGUGGUGCUGCCUAUGUGGUGACUGGGGUGACUGUAUCAGGGGUGACCAUCCAAAGAGGAAGAGAGGACCGCAUGGCCGUCCCAAAGCACUUGUGGUCUGCCUAUUGCUGUCCACGGUUUGAUCGAAAUUCACCCUAUGAUGUACGGUACAUGUUUCCCACUUAUGCAGCAUAUGCUUUGAAUGAGAUAGUGGGACACAGUGUUAUAGAAGUGCCUUUGAAAGCUUUAGAAACCUUCCUGAAAAAUCAGACAGGCAUGGACAAAAGCGUGAGCAUCUUUUUCAAAGACUGUCUCACAGAAAUUACACAUCAAUAG